UUCCGUUCCCGUUUUCGCUACUCCUCGUCUCGCUUUCGCGUUCUUUUUUUUUUUUUCUCUCUCUCUUUUACCUUACCUACCAAAUCGCUCUAUACAUCAACUCCAAAUUUCGCAGCUCAGAGGAGAAGAUGAUUUGAACCCACCCUACAUGCUCGUGAGGCUUUAAUGGAUGAUAAAGCAAAAUUAAGUGUCGAUGCCAACAUCUCCAAAUCAACUGGGGGCCCAAGACUGCCUAGUCCAGCAUUGAAUUAUUUCGCACAGGUUCCUCAGAAGCUUCAGAACUCUCUGAAGUUACGUCUGAAGCAGUUGUUGAAAACCAAUCAUGUUCCUGGUUUUGGAAAACCUGCUGUGCCUACAGAGGAAGAAUCAGAUUCUUCUUUCGAGGUUGACUUGGAUAAGCAGCUUCAGGCUUGGCGAAGUAACUCAAACUGGUCUGAUGAGCCCCCAGAAAUUAAGGUCAGUGUACCAAAAGGGUCUCUAUGCAACCUGAAUGUGAGAUUUAAGGCUGGAUUACCGCCGGAUGCAAUCUAUAAUAUUGUCAUUGAUCCGGAAAACAAAAGAGUAUUUAAAAACAUCAAGGAAGUAAUUUCAAGAAAGGUCUUGGUUGACGAGGGCCAGAGGCAGGUUGUUGAGGUGGAGCAGGCUGCAAUAUGGCGAUUCCUUUGGUGGUCUGGAACAAUAGCAGUGCACGUUUUCGUCGAUCAAAAUCGGAAAGAUCAUACUGUAAAAUUUAAGCAAGGUAAAUCGGGUUUCAUGGAAAGAUUCGAGGGCUGCUGGAAAGUAGAGCCUUUGUUCGUGGACGAGCAAACUUGCCUUCCUUUUAGGCCAAAGACAUUUGCAGAGUAUAACACAUGCACGGGAGGUAAAGGGAGGGUUGGAUCUCUCGUGAGCUUGGAUCAGCUGAUCCAGCCAUCGAUCGUCCCUCCGCCGCCCAUUUCAUGGUAUCUUCGCGGGAUCACCACAAAGACCACCGAAAUGCUCAUAAAUGAUCUUCUAGCUGAGGCCACUCGGCUACGAAGAUCCAUUAGUGAUGCAGAACUGAUGCAAGACAUUGAAGCAAGAUCAGUUAGUGGUAGUAAAGAGUUAGUACUUUCCAGUGUUAACGAUAUAAAGGAAAGAUGGCAACAAAGAAGAAGCGCGAGGCAUCGGAGAAGAUUGGAAAGAGUGUCAGUACAUUGAACUCUUUUCGUAAGAUUUUAAAUUCUUUCUCCUGCUGUACGUUCUUUCAUCGAAGCAAUUGCAGUAGUUAAACAUACACGGUUAUAGCUUCUUGUUACAGUUGCUGUAACAUUAUGAUAAACUCAAUUACUGUUUGCAGUGUUGUAUGUUUAAUGGCAAUUUGGGUAAUAUGAUUAGAAUUCUCAUGAGUUAUUUCUUUUUCA